GCUCGCGGGCCGUAGGUGGCGCACACGCGAGGACUUGGCGGGGGUCCGGCAGUGGGCGCCGCGGCGCUGCGAGGCUCUGCAGAAUGUGCCUGUGCUGCAGGGAGGACGACGCUGUCCAAGUCAACCCCGAAGGCUCAAAAUGGCAUUAUCCUUCAGACGUCACUGAAAGGCAGUCCACAGAUAAACGUAUUGAGCGUAUGCAAAACCUAAGGAAACAGAAGAGGAAAUUUAGUAAACGUUUUUCAAGGCCUGCCCCUAUUCCAGAACCAGGACUCCUAAUAAAUGUAGAGACUCCACUAAAACGAACAGAUCCUUAA